AUGGCGACAAAUGAUACCCCAGAACUAACUGCGUGUUCCGCAUCAACGCCAACCGCUGAGGUCUUUCCCCAGAGCAGCUUCUUCCAGGAGCGCAGAGCGCCCGCGCUACCCUCGCCAAAAGAGAUCAGGGCCCUGAAUGAGGCAUCAGGCCACUACCGUGCCAGAUCCUUGAGCCAUCCGCCCCCCGUUCUUGUCCCAUCCUUGGGACUGGCCGUCAAGUAUGGAGCCGACGUGACUAUCGCCGAGGCUGAGACUCAGGUGUUGAUGCGUGAGAAACUAAAAGACCGUGUCCCAAUUCCCGAGGUCUUCGGCUGGGCUGAAGAUGGCGGACAAAUGUUCAUAUACAUGUCUUUGGUCGAGGGUGAUACUCUACAGGCAAGAUAUAGUACCAUGAGUCAAAGGGAGCGGCAGGCUGUCUGCAAGGAGCUACGAUCUAUGGUGAAUGCCUGGAGGGCCAUAACCCAAGAACGAGACAGAUAUAUUGGGAGCAUAAGAAAGCGCCCGCUGAAUGACAUCUUCGUCACUGGCCAACCAGAUCGCGUAGGGCCCUUCCUCGGGCCAGAUGCCGUCCAAGAGUUUCACAAUACAUGCGGAAUCGAUAUUAGCAGCGAGAUUCCGAUCGUCUUUACCCACAACGACUUUUGUCCGCCCAAUAUACUCUUAUCACGUGGUCCUAGCCCGAAGGUCGUGGGCAUUAUUGAUUGGGGCCAAUCAGGAUGGUAUCCUUCAUAUUGGGAGUAUUGCAAGGCACGGAGAGUAGGUGUCGUGGAUGAGGCAUUCACUUCUGCCCUUCAAGAGGAAUGGCACACUACUUAUCUGCCUCAGAUCAUGGAUAUGGUGGAUGAUGAGAGUUUUUACCACCCUUGGCUGUAUUUCAUGUUGUCUAACAUCUGA